AUGCUGGGGCCGUCGGACCACUUAGCCGCGCCCCUCGAAAUUACGCACGUGCUGCCGCUGGCCCCGCCCUCCCCUUGUGCCCCAAGGUACGAGGUCUGGCGGCGCCGCGUGCUGGGCGGCCCGCGUGUCGGGCGGCGGCUGCGCGCGUUCAUCGCCUCCACCGUGGUCCCCGUGGCGCUCGCGCUGUGGUUCGCGCAUAACGGCUUUGACGUGGAGAAGACCAAGGGCCAGGUCAAGUCGGCCGCCCGCCACGUGCGCGCGUCAGUCGGCGGCGCCUUUGGCGGCGGCAAGCGCGGCGGCGACGGCGGCAGCAGUGGGGCGCAGGCGAAGGGCGGGAAGGAGAGGGGCGUGGCGCCGGCUGCGGCGCCGCCGCCGCCUGAGCCCGCCCCGCUGGUGGUGGUGGUUGAGCCGCCACCGCCGCCGCCGCAAAAGAAGGGCUGGUUUGGCUUCUGA